GACCGCUCCUCCCCACCCCCACCCCCACCCCGAGAGGGGCGCCGGGGGAGAGGCGGACCGCUUUGUUUAUCCGCCGGCCAGCCCUUCGUUAGACCCGCCCUCCGCACGCUGCCAAGGAGGCGGCCCGCCCGGCCGCCAACAAGCGCUCCCUGCACCCUGCGGAGGGAGCAGCCGCGAGCUCAGACGCCCCUGGGCCGCCGGGCGAGCGCCUCCGUGGCCGGCAGCUGCGCUCGCGCCUUCCCCGCCCGUCCCCCGCAUGGCUCCGUGGCGCGGCGUCGAGCUGGCUCCAGCGGCGGCCCCAGCGGGCCAGCAGUACUUUCGCUCGGACAGCAGCGACUCGGCCGCCUACAUGCUGGGCAGCCCGAGCGGCUCCGAGCCCGAGCCGGCCACCCGGCCCGAGAAGCGCCGCCGCCGCCAGCGCUGCAGCCCGGUCUGGCUGGUCGUAGCCGCCAUGGGCAUCGUGGCGCUGCAGAUCGCCUCGGCCACGGGCCUCUUCGUCUACUUCACCAUGUCCAUCGCCAAGCUGAAGGCCCAGACACAGGGCAUCUCAGAGGAGCUGAGGUGCCUCCAACUGCUCAACAGGCUGCAGGAACUCUCUGAGCUAGAGGAGCUGAUGAGCAGCCAGCCGUGCUUCAAGCUGGCACUCGGCAUCCAGGACUACGUAGCCAUGAUUACCGAAAAUGUCAUCCAAAGGAGCGCCCCAAGGGUCAGUGCCUCUCAGAAGCAGAGGAACUCCAGCUGGCAGCUGGCCAGCCGGCCCUUGGCACAUCUCACCCUCAGGAGGCCGAGCCCUUCCCGGACAGGAGGCCUGGGACCGGAGUUCCAGGACUUGCAGCAGUCCUGCCAGCACCCCAUCCGCCACUGGGCCAGCAGGACCAUGCAUGCCCACCUCCAGAACCUCACCUACCAGGACGGGCAGCUGCAGGUGAGCCAGGCAGGCAAAUACUACGUCUAUGCCCAGAUCUAUUUCCGCUACCCCACCGAGGGGGUGGAUGCCCGCUCCCUGGGCCACCAGCUGGUGCAGUGCAUCAACCUCCAGAGCGUGUAUGGGCAGACCAUCCUGCUGCUGAAGGGCGUGGGCACAAAGUGCUGGCAACAGGAUGCAGCCUAUGGGCUCCACGCCCUUUACCAGGGAGGCCUCUUUGACCUCAAAGCUGGCGACAAGCUCUUUGUGUCCGUCUCAUCGCUGGAUGUCAACUAUGACGAUGAGGCAGGCAGCUAUUUUGGAGCCUUCCGCCUUGAUGUGUGACAUUGUGGGACUGUGCCCAAGGGAACCGUCUUCCACCCCCCACCCCACGCCCCACGCAGGACCACUGGAGGACGUCUCUGCCCCAUUAUCACCCUUCAUUCUCCCAUUAGUGGUAGUGGCCAAGCUGCCUUGGAGGCAAAGGCAGGACGAGAAAGAGGGAGUCUGCAGCUCUCUUGCCUUCUGCAGAACCUGGGAGGCUGCUGGAGCCUCCAUUACAACGACAUCUCUGAAGCAGCCAGAAAGACGCUGAAGCUGAUCUGAGCCCGGCUCUACCCGAGCAGGCCGGCUGGCAACUGCUAGCCUUCUGGCUCUCUUGGACAUGCCCCGGUGCCUUCUGCUGCAGACCCCUCCUCUGCGUCCCUACACGCAACCCUCUUCCCUCCCCACUGCCUGCCCUCUUCUGGUCAUUCCAGCUGAGAAAUGUGGGACUCCCUCCCGCCCUUCUGUGCACAUGUCUGCGCACGGAGCAACCUGCUCCUGUGCCUCAAGGAAGCUGAGCUGCUCGCACACCAAGCAGCACGUCACAAGUCAAGAAUUCUUGCCAGGACAAGAAUGUAGGUCAGUGGGUCACCUGAGCGAGUGAACGAGCACCACCAGGGAGACACAGGGCACAUCUUCCCACUACUCUCCCUGCACACACAUUGGGCGUGACCCUGAAUGGCAUCACCACUUAGCAUGCCCCAGCCAGAGCUGGCUGACCUGGAGCAACCCAUGCUUGUGCCAGCAGCCAAACAUUUCCCUAACCCUUCCAGGGGGAGGCUGGUCUUCGGGUCUUGGCUGGUUUCCUCAGGAGAUUCCCCAGGCCGGGUUGUAGCAGGAGCUGCAUCCACAACAGGCGCAGGUUCCAUCUGGCUUUCGUUUAUUUGUGGCUUAGUAUUUUGCAUGCCCUCCAUUGGUCAGCACAUGGUUCAGUGCACUGCAUUCACCUUGACUGGCUUAAUUCAGUCGCCAGACUCUGUGGGUGGAGGCAAAGCAACAGGCGGCCAUUAGGAAUACCGAAAGGGCGGGGAAGGGCAGUACAGGAAGCACCCUGUUUCCAACCGGUAUGAGCCCCACAUCUCAACCAGGGCACCAGGCCUUGACUUGACAUCCUCAACCUCUUCUGGUUUCUCUGAAAUACAACGCCCAUCCUAGCCUAGGCUGUCAGCCACAAGUCCUGGCAAUGUGGUGCGUGAACCUGGCCCGUUCAAUCCCGGGCCCAGACUCUUCUUCCGUUCCAGCCUUGAACCCUGCUCAGCCAGGCCCAGGCCUCUUGCCCCCCUUGCCUGGGUGCCCAAAGAUGGGGAUGCCUGAAGGCAGGAGGAAGCUGUUCCCUGGGGCAGCCCCAGGCCAGGUGGGCUGGGCCAGGCAUAGUCAGCAGUGCUGCUCCUCCUGGGAGGAGGCAACAACAGGAGGCGGCCCUGGGGGUUCAGCUGGUUGGCUUGGGGUUAUCUGGUGCCACUUGGGAGGAAGCGGGAAAAGGAGCCAGCAAACAUGAUGCUCUGCUCUCACACUCUAGGGCUGGGAGGGCAACUUCAGCCAAAACUGACCUUCCGGCCAUUGCCCCACCAUGCCAAUUCAGACAGGUUCCUCUCCCUACCUCCCCCCCCCCACCCUUUGGGUAAGGCAAGAAGCAGCCGCUGCUGACUCAGUUAUAUCGUUUCUUUUACUCUGGCGUGGAACCUCCUUCCCAGCGCAGCUCCCAACAAGGCUACAAUCAGGCUCCCCGAGAGAAGACGACUUUCCACAGAUUAUAUAGUGCAAUUGGUUAUCUUGUAGAAAAAAAUAAAACAUGAUUAUCGCUUGCUCCACAUGGAGAAACUGAGGACAGCUGUGAGUCCUCCAUAAAGGGAGGCAAAGCUUAGGUCCCUCUGGCCAAGGUCCGUGGGGCAGAGUAAAACCUCUGGCCCCUCCCAGCUUCAGUUGAACAAGAUCGAGUCUGGGUCCUGGUUUGCCAUCUGUGCUAUGUGCUUCAGUACAUCCUUUUUGGUAAUAAUCCCUAGCAGCUUCCUGAAAGAGAGAGAGACGCCAUUGGCCUCAGGGGAGAACUGGGACUCCCUUCGGCCCCCGCGGUCAGUUCAGCCAGGAUGGGGCCCUUUAAUACCCCAGGAGCCACCUGUGAUCCCAGCAGAUGGAGGGAGAGGCAACUAUAACAGGAAGCAAUACAUAAAGAACUACAAUGGAGGUAGAACAUGAGAGAGAAUGAUACAGUAGGAGAAGAGAUACACGCCCUCUAAUGGCCUCCUUUAUAUAGGCAGCUUCUUAAAGGGCAAUAACCCUGCUGACUCACCCUCAGUCUUAAAGGGAUGGUCAGCUUUAAAUCAUCAAUACUUUAACACUUUUCCACUCAGCCCAGAGUGUAUCCCACUUGGAGGCUCCUUGUCAUGAGAGCUCCUUUUGGGCACUGGCUUCAGCAAGGGGCCCUUGACCAGGCCUGGCAGAGGAGCUUCAAAUGGGGCAUUUUCAAGAGCUGCUCCUCUGGGCUCCCCUGAAUUCCUCACCAGCCUUUCCAGCAGUGGAGAAUUUUGCUAUCAGCCAUGUAUAAUUUGUAUAUACAAUAUAUUUUUUCAUUACUA